UAGCUGCAGUUUAGUUUAACUUGACCUGCUUGACAGUUUAGAGUUGUGUUUGGAAACGGCGAAAGUUGAUGGAAUUUCUUUUGUUUGCGAAAACAUUUGCAUGCUUACGAAUUAAAUACACCUGAAAGCAUUAGAAAAGAAGUAGGUUCUGGAUGCAACGUGUAACUGUAUAAUGUUGAAGCACAUUAUCCUCGUGAUCGUAAUCACAUUGUUAUGUUUGUCACAAUCUGAGGCACAAUACGAUGAUAAACGAUGUAAAUGCAUUUGUCCUAAUGUUUCAUCCGUUGUGAAUACAGCGCAAUCAUCAUUAGUACGAAAAACGUACAUCAUAAAUGUUCCACCUUCUCAAUGUAAUUGCGAAGGGGUUGUCUUACCAAAGGUAGGAGAUCAGUUAAAAGGCAAAGAAGAAAUUUUUUGUUCAAGAUGUGGUUGCAAGUAUGAAAAUAGGAAUACCACUAUUAUUAAAAUAGUGGUAAUUCUUGUUAUUUGGGUUAUAUCUCUUUUAGUGAUUUACAUGUUAUUCCUAAUCUGUUUGGAUCCAUUAUUGAAUAAAACAAUGCAUAAAACUUCCACCAAUAUUGGUUAUCAUGAACACAAUAAUGUAGAGGAUGAUUCAUCGAUAGGACCUGGAACAUCUCAUCCUAUGGGUGAAAGGGGUAAUGUACUAAACCGUGUUGGUCAUCAGCAAGACAAAUGGAAACGUCAAGUUCGGGAACAACGACGUAACAUUUAUGACAGACACACUAUGCUUAAUUAAAUUGUACAGCUUUGUUUCUAAACAAAAGUCAACUAUAAUAAAUAGCGAUAUAAGGCUGUGGCAUUUGUUUGUAGGCAUUUGAAGUUUUAUACCUAAUUCUUUUCUUAAUACGUUACAUAUGAAUCUAACACCAAAUUUAAUUAUACAGUAUACAUAUAUAACGGAUUAACAAGAUUUGUAAAUGCCAGCAAAUCAGGUCACAGCUGAUAUAUUAAUGUUGUACCAGGUAUGUAUCUUAAAAUUCGUCAGAUUUAGUGUAUAAAAUAAUAAAGUAUCAAAAAUGUGUUAUUUUUCUUAGUAA